AUGACUCCAAUAGACGUCAUAACCCAUCCUGAUACUAUGGAAGUCCCCGUGAAGUCAACCAACCCUUCCAUUGGAAUAAAAAAAUCCAGAAAACCUAAGCUUAAAUAUCGUCCAGAAACAACGUCAACCCUUGAUUUGAAUACCAUCGACUUUUCUCAGCCGUUGAUGCCCCAAAUGACAAAUGAUGAGUUUCUUAAUAACCUCUAUUUUCUCAAUUAUGCCCUCUCCGAGUGUCGAAAAAUCGUCUGUGUAAGUGGUGCUGGAAUGUCAGUGGCCGCUGGGAUUCCCGAUUUCCGAUCAUCCAAUGGGUUAUUCCAAGGAGGAAUCUCGGUGGAAAAAAAGAAACAAACAGGUGAUACUACAACUGAUGAAGAUAAUCGAAGGUACCCAAAGCGAGAUCCAUCAUUGAACCUGCGGGGCUCCUCAUCGUCCAAACAAUUGUUCACUUCUAAUGUGUAUUCCGACUCCUCACUUACCCCAUUAUUCCAUAACUUGAUCUUGAAUUUACAUAAGAUCAUCUCCCAAACCCAGCCCACAAAGUUCCACAAUUUUUUGAAUGAUUUAUCUGAAAAUGGCAGACUUCUUAGACUAUAUACCCAAAACAUUGAUUGUUUAGAUACCGAUCUCCCGCAUCUUUCUACGGUCACUCCUCUUCACAACUGCUUGAAACAAUGCUAUCCCAAAACCAUCCAACUUCACGGGAGUCUAAUGACCAUGUGCUGUUCUAAAUGCCAAUGGAUCAGUAAUAUGACCCCUUCGGUGUUCCUGAAUCCCAAACCCGUGGAGUGUCCCGAAUGCCGAGAACUUAAUUCCGUGAGAUCAAUAGUGGGCAAACGAACCCAAACUUCGGGAAUCAUUAGGCCACGGUUUGUGCUCUAUAAUGAGUUCCAUCCCGAUGGUGAGAUCAUUGGAAAGAUCACUGAACAUGAUUUAAAGAAAAACAAACCCGAUUGUUUGGUGGUGGUGGGUACAUCAUUGAAAAUCCCGGGGGUGAGGCGCUUAGUAAAAGAAAUGACUAAAGUGGUGAAACUGCAAGCUGGAGGGUGUGUGAUUUGGGUCAAUUUGGAAAAACCAUCGAGUGCCGAUCUUCAAUUCAUGAAGGAAUUGGAUUUGGUGGUGGUGGGUGAUUGUCAAAAAGUACCGGAAUUGAUGGAAAAGUUGAAACGUGAAGAGGUAUACCAAACUGCGGUGAAUAAAAGAAAGUUAAAGAAUUUUAAUAAUAAAAUCACCAAACCUGGGAGGGAGAUACAAGGUAAGAUCAUCCAGGAUCGUCUGGGUAAGCUUGUGAAUCUUGUUAAUGGGGCCAUUGCUGGGGAGGACGAUGAAAACACAGUGAAGCAAAAGAGGAAUAAGAAACUUCCUUAUUUAUGA